AUGCGAGUGAUCGGUCGUGGCUCCAAUACCCUCGUGGUAAAUCUUGCUGGUGGAUGGGAUGUCCUCAUAGUCGAUGAAAGGCAAGUUUACCCAAAGCUUACCUGCAGACUUCCCCUGUUUCUGCAGAUUGCUCAGGAGGUCCUUGGCCUCCGUCGACUUAGCAGUUAUUUCUCCGCCAUGCAUCUUCUUGUACCACUCGGCACCCUUCGCCAUGUCGAUAGCUUUCAGACCGUAAUCAUCCAAGCUACCCAGACCUUUGACAGUCUUCCAUUUGCCAUCAAGAAGGUUCUGGAAGGACUGGGCCUUGACGAAAAAGUAGCAAUCACCAUCCUCGCAGACACCAUCAAACUGAUCCAACUUUUCCUUGGAAUAGUUCUUAGUGAGAUCACCCGCGAUAUUCUGUGCCUUGACAACGAAGAUUUGAUCCAACUGCCAGCUACCGCUGACAGCAAACACAUAGAACUGCUUGGUGAUAGUGUGCAGGCUCUUAAAGUUCUUUCUCCAAUUUUGUUGAAUGUUGUCGGCGAAAGCACCUCCCUUCAGCAACUUCAUCCAGCCAUUCGAUUCAUCAAUAGGCCUCUUCUUCAAGGGAUCGUUAAUGAUAUGGUUACCCCACUUCCAGACAGCGUCUCUUGCGGUGUGCUUGAUCUUCUCCAGACUAGCUUGUAG